UACGGGUGCCGGGUGGAGUCGGGGGACGCGAUGUGUCUUCUUCUGGGAGCCUCGGGUGUCGGGAAAACGCUGUUGGUGAAAAGGCUGCAGAAGCUGAGCUCCGGGGAUGGGAAGGGCGACCUGGGCGAUGCUCCCCCGACGCGCCCCACGGUGGGCACCAACCUUACUGACAUCGUCGUCCAGAGAAAGAUUACCAUCCGGGAGCUGGGGGGGUGCAUGGGCCCCAUCUGGUCCAGCUACUUUGGAAAUUGCCACUCUCUCCUGUUCAUGAUGGACGCCGCUAACCCCACUCAGCUGUCCGCGUCCUGUGUGCAACUCCUGGGCCUCCUUUCUGCAGAACAACUCGCAGAAGCAUCCGUCUUGAUUCUCUUCAAUAAGAUCGAUCUGCCCUGUUACAUGACCGUAGACGAGAUGAAGUCAUUGAUCAGGCUCCCAGACAUCAUUGCCUGUGCCAAGCAGAACAUCACCACGGCCGAAAUCAGCGCCCAGAAGGGCACUGGCUUAUCGGAGGUGCUGCGCUGGCUCCAGGACACCCACAGAACUGACAGGCGACUGCCAGGAGGAGAACCGUGACCGGCCGGCUCUGGGGAGGAGGCAGAGAACGGCACCGCUUGGCCUCUGGUGAUCUGUUCCCAUCAGGGACAGGACGACCCGACGUGAGCCUAGGAGAUGGGCUCCUGUCCUGAGUGGCGGUGAUGGGUAACUGGCCUCUGAACGAAAAGAUCGUCCCCAGGGCUGGGAGAGGAGGACAGGCUUGCAGGCGGCUGCGUGUCCUGCCGCUAUCCUGGGAUGUGCUUCCCGCCCAUUGGGAAAGGAGCUCUACUUUCCUGACGGUGUUUGCACCGCCUGGGAGCAGACUUGCUCUGGGGACUGUGGCACAAAGCCGUACCUGUGGAGUUUCCUACAUGCCGACAGUGUGGCCUCCGUUGUGUGAGGCCGUCAUCUUAGGAAGAACCGAGCCUGGAGUCAGGACAAGA